ACCCGCCCAUAGCUCCGCCCCCCGGGAGACUCGGCGCCACCAUGGAGGAGUACCAUCGCCCCUGCGACGAGGUUGGCUUCAAUGCUGAUGAAGCCCACAAUAUCGUUAAAGAGUGUAUAGAUGGGGUCUUGGGAGGUGAAGACUAUAAUCAGAACAAUAUCAACCAAUGGACUGCAAGCAUAGUGGAACAAUCCUUAGCACAUCUGGUUAAGUUGGGAAAAGCUUAUAAGUAUAUUGUGACCUGCGCAGUGGUCCAGAGGAGUCCAUAUGGCUUUCACACAGCCAGCUCAUGUUUUUGGGACACCACAUCUGAUGGAACCUGCACUGUAAGAUGGGAGAACCGAACCAUGAACUGUAUCGUCAACGUUUUUGCCAUUGCUAUUGUCCUGUAGCUGGCUAAAAAUACUCGGCCAAAGCCAUUAACCUAAGAAUUUGUCAGUGUAUCCUUUCUAAAAAGAGUAACAGUUACUUAUUCAUAUGCUAGAUGACAAGUGUGCAAUAUGCUUCAAAACUAUCAACAAAAACUGAAUAGUGCAAGCAAGCAGUCUCGUAGGAAGUUGGCAGAUUUUCUUAUCUUCCAUACAGAAUCAUUUAAAUAGGGAAAACUUAAUGUUAGCAAAAAACAAAUAUAGAACUAUGGCAUGACAUGAAACUACACUCUUAAAUUUACACCAGCUUUUCACUAACAAUAUGUACGUAAGGAGAUGGGGAAAUCGAUGCAGAUAAUUAAAUUUUCUUUCAGCUAGAAAAGUUAAAAGGGAUAGAUAUAUGAACAGAAAUGCUGCAAGGAUAAAUGUGGAGAAAAUGAUAAAAAUCAGUUAAUGCUUAGUUUUUUAUUUCUCCUUCUCAGUUGUAUGUAUGAUUUAGUGGAAAGUAAUCCCAUCCUUACUUUUUUUUUUUUCAUCAACUAGUAGCAACUGUUAUUAUUGUUUACCUUUUCUGAGAAUAGUUAAAUCGUUUCUUAAAAUUUAAAAUUCUUAGAUUUACAUCUGAGGGCGAAUUGAAUUGGGUAACCUGAAUUCCCUAGGUAAACAAAAUUAGUUACAGCAUAUGAUGAAAGUAUAAGACUCUAACAGCUGCCUUACAAUUCAUUCAUUCCAGAUGGAAGAAGCAUUUAUUGAAUGUCUAUUAUGAGCUAUUUCUCUGCUAAUCAUAGUUAUCAAUAUGCUGUUCAAACUUUCUUUUGGUACCUAGUCAGUUGGACAACAUUUAUGUCUAGGAAAGAGAAAAAAAAUUGUUUUACGAGAGGAAAAAAGUGAGUCUGGUUAUCCAAGUAGGAAUAAGCAAACGAAAAACACUUAUUACUGACAGAAAAUUAUUGAUGUAGUUUUAAGAAUGGCUCCUAGCAAGCAAAAAACUGCAUAAAAUAUGCGACUCUUAGUUAAAGGCCUUAUUAUCAGUCUACACAUAAGUAGUAAAUUUCAUCAUUGCUUUAGUUACAAUCAUCUGUAAAUAAUUUUAAGUACUUAUGAGGGGUUCAAAUUGAGUAAAGUGUAAAUUAAAAGUAUACAAUCAUUAGCAGGUUAUUGAAUAUCUCAGGGCUUAUGAAAUGUAGUUAAAUUUGUGGAAAAAAUAACUGAUAAAAAAUUAGGGUACACAGCUGGCCACCAAAUGCAAAGUCAAUCUGCUAUUUAACCUUGAAAACAAAAUCAGUUUUGCAUAUUACCACUAAUACAUGUAGGGAGUGGAACCAUGAGUCAUUGAAUUCCAGGGGUAAAAGAAGGCUUAGUGUUGACAGUGUUGAGAGAGUAUUCUUGUAGGCAUGCUAUGUGCAUGUUUGAUAUUUUGCUGAGUAACAAUUAUUGUUCUGUGUUGAAGAAGAUGAUUAAGAAAAUACAAGGAUAGAGUUUAAUGCAGUGAUCUACACUUUGGCACAUUAAAUUUUUCAGUCAUUACUUUUAUGUUAGUUUACGCUGCUGGCUUUGGUGCCCUUGAAGAUUAUAAUAGUGACCAAAAUAUAUCUGUGCAGUUAAGGCUCGCUUUUGACUAUUGUUAUUGAAGCCUGAUUUUAAGAGAAUAAUAAUCAAAAAUACCUCGUGAACUUGCUAUCUGUUCUGUUUCUAGUUAAAAUGUAAUAAAGAUUAUCUUCCUGCACUGUA